CUCUUCCCUCCCUCUUCCUCUAUAGAAUAGUCCCUUACCUAUCUAUGUUAUUACAUUCUUAUCUCUGCCUCUACCUUCUUCAGUGUGAGUAAUCCACGCAGAAUGGAAAAGCUCUUCUUUUUCCUUCCCAAUCCUCAAUGAAAAUCGACUCAUUCAAGGAGGAGAGAAAAAAGCUUGUUCCUUUCAUAGCACACUUUACACAGAACAAAUCCGUCUGUAAUGGGAGUUGUUUGUGACCACGCUUCUUCCACUCUCUUAUGCGCUGAGGACAACAGAAGCAUACUUGGUCUUGAUGAAGAUGUGGAGGUAUGCACCAAUGGAGGAGCUCAGGGGAGCUUCCCUGGCGAGAUUUCCGUGCAAAAGAUUGAUUUUUUUCCGUUGCAGACUGAGGAAUGCUUGAAUGCUUUGCUGGAGAAGGAACAAGAGCUUCUCCCAGCUGCAGAUUAUGCGAAGAGGUUGAUGAGUGGGGUAUCGGACAUUUCUGCAAGAAAAGAUGCUGUCGAUUGGAUUCAGAAGGUUCGUGCAUAUUACAGCUUUGGACCUCUAUGUGCCUAUUUAUCUGUAAAUUAUCUGGAUCGAUUUCUAUCCACACACGAGCUCCCACAUGGGAAAGCUUGGAUGAUGCAAUUGCUAGCUGUGACCUGCCUUUCCUUAGCCAUAAAAAUGGAGGAAAUUGGAGUCCCUCAAUAUAUGGAUUUACAGAUUGGCAAUGCCAAGUAUGUAUUUGAGGCAAAGACUAUACAGAGAAUGGAGCUUCUUGUGCUUAGCAAUCUCAAAUGGAGGAUGCAAUCAGUGACACCUUUCUCUUUCAUGGACUACUUCUUACACAAGUUUACUGAAGGAAAUCCUCCAAAAGAACCAGAGAUCGAUCGUUGCACAGAUCUCAUUUUGGGUACUAUUAAAGGCAUUGGCUUUUUCGAGUUUAGGCCUUCAGAGGUGGCUGCUUCAGUUGCCAUGGCUGCACUGGUUGAUGCUGGUUUAGUGUCCAUGGUAAAGGCUCUGAACUGUUGUUCCUUUUUGGACAAGGAGAAAGUGAUGCAAUGCUAUAAUGCACUACAAGGCAGAAAUCUCAUGGUGGAGAGGCUUCCUCCUACUUCCUCCUCCGUACCGCAGAGCCCAAUUGGGGUGCUGGAUGCCGCAACUAUGAGCUACAACAGUGAUGAAACCAUUAGUAACUCGCAAGCAAAUUCUCUCAAUAAUUCUCCAGCAUCAAAGAAGAGGAAGCUUAACUGCACAUCAGCAUCAUAGGAGCUUGGAUUUGUUCUAUAUUGUUUCUUAGAAGCUCAAGUUUUUUCCUUCUAAGUUCAAUUUUUGUUAGCAAGUCUUUGUCUCUAUCAUGAUGUGGGGCAAGGUGUGCCAAAUGACAGCCUUUGAUGAGGAAGAUGAAGACAAAACAGAAAAAAAAAAAGGAGAGAAAAUAAGGAGAUGGGGUCUUAUCUCAGGCUUUUAUCAUGAGAAAAAGUAAUCUGUUGUGAAAUUGUCUUCAGAGUUAAGGAACAGAUAUAACUAGCAAGGAGAUUGAAACUUGGGAGACUAUUUAUUGUUCUUUUGUGAAAGAAAUUACAAAAUGAGAUUGCUUCUUUAUAAAAAAAAA